UGUAUUUGAACAUUGUAAAGCGGGCUCGCCUCGCCGACAUUCGAGAGGGAAACAAAGAAGGCGACAGCAUCUCGUUGCUGUUGUACUAAAAGCUGGACUAGUUCACCUUUUCACCCCCAGGCAACGUUGUCAGUUAAUCAGAUUUUCACCAUGUCUAACAAACAUAUCUACUACUCUGACAAAUACGACGAUGAAAAAUACGAGUACAGGCAUGUGGUGCUGCCCAAAGACAUUGCAAAACGUGUCCCCAAGACCCAUUUGAUGUCAGAGACUGAGUGGAGGAACCUGGGUGUCCAACAGAGUCAAGGAUGGGUGCAUUACAUGAUUCACCAGCCAGAGCCACACAUCUUGCUGUUCCGGCGCCCCCUGCCCAACCAAAAGAUUUAGGUGAGCGAUACUCUGGGUCCUUGGAAGAUCAGUCUCACUCAUGUGCCACAGAUCAACACAUCAUAGGGAUCAUGCCCUCACAUUACUAAACUCUGUGUGGUCGGGGACUUGUAAUUUGGGCUGAUCAUGUUGGACCUGGAGAAGGACUAUCUCACUUAGGAACAGUGGUUGUGGAAUGGAGGAUGUGUUUGAAGAAACAAAAUCGUCACCAUUCUCUUGGGGGAAAAAAAAGACUUGUGCACCUGUUAAACAGCAACUCACAGUUCACAUCAGUUAUCAAUAUCUCUCUCUUCCUUUUUUUUUUGACUGAAUCUGUCCUUCUAAGUUGCUGAACCUGCUUGGAUAUUCCAGCUUUUUAGAACAACUGCUAUAAAAAUGUGUGGAAUAAAACUUUGGUGUCACAACAUCCUGGGUCAAGGUCGGUUUGCGACACAAGCAGAAAGAAAGUUGGACCUUGAACUUAAUAUAACUCCAACGUAAUCUCAAACUGCGGUUUUAAGUAAUGUGUUGCUGCUCCGUUUAAAAUGACACUGUAAUUUGGCAUUUGCAAUACAUCAUGUACAUGAAAAGCUGUGUCCCUAGUGGUCGCAUAAAUACUACUUAGGGUUAUUCUAUGAGUUUGGGGCCUUCUCUGAAACAAAUCAUUUCAAUUGAUUCGUACCAGUGAGUCGCUCAGUAUUUAUAAAUGUCUUGACAUCUCUGAAAUAAAUAUAAACUUUUUUUAAAUUGUAUUAGUGCAUAUUUGUUGUUUGACAAUAUUUGGGCUUUACAACUGCUGUGUGAAUACACUUGGCCUCCAAAAGAUUAAUGUUAAGUAAGCAAAUGCUUUAACAGCAAGCACUAGCCUUUAAAAAUGCUCUUUUGGGAUACAUGGAGAACAGUGACUCAGAUGUAAAGCCAGCUGCAUGUAUUUGGUAUUGUAUAUUUGCACUUCUCUCCUGAAGCCUUCCAAAUAUUUCCACCUAGCAGUCACGUGUUGAUGUUCUCGCCCACCGUACAAUCACUUUCUCAGCCGCUGCUGUCAGUCAAGGCCUCAAAUGACCAUUGUGCUUUAGUUCUGACUGAACUGGUUUCAAACUCAGAAUUAUUAAACCCAUAUGAAGACAGUCAUGCUGAAUUUUAUCUUUGAAUCUAAUGAAGUCAUGUUUGACGUCGUCUGAACACCUCAGAUAUAUUAUUGGUGCAUUGUAGAGUUGAUUCUGCUCCGUUUUGCAUUGUAUGUUGCAGCUGCUUUAAAUGGGAAGAGAGGGGGAAAAAAAGUACUUGCAUGUAUUUGCAACUUAUUUGAAUGUUUAGAAGUGGAACAUUUACAGAAGUUGAACUGGUUGUUUUCAUCCCAUCAUGUAGUGGUUGAUCUAAACCAAAUCGGACUAGACGGCAGCAUGAAAUUCUUUUAGAUAUGCCUCUCUUUGCAGUUUCCUGUCUCUGUCAAUUGUAAAAUAAACUGAACGUACACUUGAUUCACUGUCGCAGUCUGUUUCAAAAGCGGGGGGG